AUGCGAUGUGCUGCCAAAGCAGCAAGAAAUGCGGUUGCACGCGUGCAUGCAGCCGAAGAGAGUUCUUAUCUUGCUUCAGUAGCAGGUGAUCCAUCGCCUGCUGUUGCGAUUCAGCAACAGGCGGUGCCUGCUGUGAAUAGUCCAUGUGGAAAGUCACCACGUGCGGCAGAUACAUCCGCUGCAUCUGCAGUGGAUACUGCGAAUCGCAAUGAAGAUAAUUUUGAAAUAGAGCUCAUCUAUUCUGGCGAGUCGGAUGAUGAAUCCAAUUCUAAGGCGACACCUCACGCCUCCGGAUCAUCUGGGGCGGACACUACAAGAUCCAUUUUGACUGGCUCUGGGGAACGUGGCGGCAUCACGUCCGAGAUCUUCGGACCGAGCGAUUGUUACGAAAACUCCUCGCCUCAUGCAAGCUUAUCCGACGAUAGGACGCGUGGUGAUGGUGGCGAUGCCUCUGAGCAUCACCACGAGAGAAGAAACUCGAGAGAUCGAGUUGCCACUGGAUUCAGAGCUCGGGCUGACACCACUCAAGAGGCCAGGGACCGAAAUGUCCUGCGCCACGCUCCUCAAGUGGAGUCUCCAUGGAUGCCGUCACCACAGAGUUAG